CUCUGCCCUUCUUGAGCUGACACAGGGGAGUCCUUAAUUUCUUUGACAACUAAAUAGACACAAUGUUCCUCAUAUUUCUAAACAGUCACUGCAAUGAAAAGCUUCAAUUCUGAAAUAAAGGAAUUAAUCUUAGAGCUGGUGUUUGAAAAACAAUGGGGUGUGUAUUUGAUUUGGAAAAACACCAAGCUGGGACAUAGUUAUUGCUAUUUUGGGUGCCUUUAUGGCUUAUAGAGAGGCAGAAAACCAGAACCAGCAUAUUACUUCUUAGACCUAUCAAAGACAUCAGGUGUACAAUGUAAUUUCUGUAAACUGCUUUAAUAUAACUUUCUAUAACAGUGGUGUUCAACGAUCACUUUGUCUUAACCUGCUUUGCUUUUUCCCUGGUCUGAUGGGAAAAUUCAUUGAAUGAAGAGAGAGGAAGGAAACAAAGCUGAUGGUCCCAGCAGCUUCUGUGUGUGCCAGCUGUUGUGCUGUUACAUGGGACCUAGACAAAUGGGUCUGUUCUGACACAUGAAAAUAUAAUUUUCUUUUUGCUAUGUCCUGAUGAAUUCUGCAGGAUUUUCCUCACAAAGAACUUACUCUGUCGUUUAUGGUGAGAAUUGACUGGGCUGAGGAUUGAUCAGAAGCCUUAAAUGCACAUCUCCCAGCCUUUCUGGGGUGAGGGCUGGCUCUGAAACCCCCUUGGCGUCUGACAGUCAUUCUGCAGGGCCCAUCCCCAGAUAAAAUAUUAGUGUGCAGGACAGCUCUAGAGACCUUUUAUACUUUAUCACAUCCUCUCUUACCCUCUCAGAGUGUUUUUCACGCAGGGUCUCAGCGCCGUGGCCAUAAGUCACUCUAUGUGCCCAGGACAUGCUAUCCAGAGUCUAUGUAGGAUUAUGUACACAGGGAUAUGUUCCUUGGAAUGCUGCCUGUGCUCUGGUGUGACACAACAGCCCAAGCAGAGCGUUGGUUUCUCCUGCAACAUUAGCAAAGGGGAUGUGCCCUGGCCUGAAGCAGAUGCCCUGGGGGGAGUGGAUUAGUGGGCUAUUGACUUUUGUCCAUCCAUUCAGCUCCAGUUCCCUUAUCUCUCACAUUUGUGACUCUACUGGCUUUUCCACUUCCUCUUAACUCUGUUCCUGAAAAGGAACCAACCUAGGCUGCCAGAUACCAUCGCAAACUGCCACAUUAGCAAGGACUGAACCUGGCCAGAGGAACUUCUGACCAAGAAAUAAGACUUUCUAGGUUCUGGACAAGUCAGUAUGUUGGAUCAGAUUCAUUGGCUGGCUGCCGUGACAGUCCUGGGAGUCCUGGAGCAAGCCUACUUCUUCCUCCAGGUGAUCUAUGCUAGGAGGUUGUUUGGCAUUUCACCUCCAAAGAUCUCAGGCCCUCCUGAAUUUGAAAGGAUCUUUCGAGCACAGGUGAACUCCUCUGAGUAUUUUCCCAUCUUCCUGGCACUUCUGUGGCAGGCUGGACUCUUCUUCCAUCAAGGUCUGGCUGCAGCCUUGGGUCUGCUCUAUCUCUACGCCCGCUACUGCUACUUCAUGGGAUACAAGGCAUCAUCCUCAGAAAGACUCGCCCCGAUAUACUUCAGCGCCGGAGUUCUCUGGAUUCUCAUUGCAGUGUCAGCCCUGGGCAUCCUGCAUUUCUUCCUCUCUCACUAUGUGGGGCUGGACGUCCUCCAGCUUCUCACAGCAUGACCCACUCCUCUGUGCUUCACCACUGUCCUCAUCUUCGAGUCCUGCUCCCUCCUGCCUGCCUUAACAGACUGGCUGCAACUCAACAGCCCUCAAUGAGAAAUCCACCCUCGCCCGAGCUUUUAACACCUCCUUCCUCACUGUCCAGCACUGGCAGGAGCUGCUGAGCUGUUUUAGGAGAUAUUUUUCUCCCAUGGCAUUGGGUGUGCCAAGUGCUCCACAUCUGGCGGCUCCAUCGUGUCUGAUGUGGAAACACCAACCCCAAACAAGGACAAAUAAAAGCAAACUCUUCUCAGUCUGAGUUUCCCAGUGGGUUGCCAAAGGGAAGUGCCAUGUGUUCUCCAUUAUCCAGUGGCUCUGCCCUCAGCCCAGGCACAGAACACAGAUUCAUGCCAGUUUUCCAAGGCCCACACCUAAGAAAGGCAUUUGUCUGGAACCAGAUGUGGGCUGAGACAUAACAAAAGAGGUGAGGGAUAAACUGGAGUAGCCACCAACAUGUUGUGCAAAAGUCUGUUGGUGCCCUCAUGCUGGUUAUCAGCCACUGCUGUAAAUCAGGCUGUGCAAAAUCAUCACCACUGCUGUGUGCCACUUUGAACAUGUCCCAGUGACUGCAGGCCCAAAUAAAAGGUCACUGAACUUGC